UUAACUUUUGGAAAAGAAAGAGGAACCACUCACCAAAGAAGAGGCGCGCUUCACUCAUACUCUCUUUCUCUAGUUGUCAGCCCAAAGUCCUUGAAGCUUUGCCUCCGACCAAAAUGGCCCUCGUCGGCGUGCUUGCUUUACAGGGCUCUUACAACGAACACAUAGCAGUGCUGAGAAGGCUUGGAGUGAAGGGGGUGGAGAUAAAGAAACCAGAGCAACUCGAGAACUUGGCCUCACUCAUAAUCCCUGGAGGAGAGAGCACCACCAUGGCUAAGCUUGCCGAGUAUCACAACCUGUUUCCUGCUUUGCGUGAGUUUGUGAAGAUGGGGAAGCCUGUCUGGGGAACCUGUGCAGGGCUUAUUUUCUUAGCAAACAGAGCUACAGGACAGAAGAUAGGAGGACAGGAACUUGUUGGAGGCCUAGAUUGCAUGGUUCACAGAAAUUUCUUUGGUAGUCAGAUUCAAAGUUUUGAGACAGAACUUUCAGUACCAGAACUUGCUUCGAAGGAAGGUGGUCCUGAAGUAUUUCGUGGAGUUUUCAUCCGUGCUCCUGCAAUCCUUGAGGUAGGACCAGGAGUUGAAGUCCUGGCUGAUUAUCCUGUCCCAGCUAAUAAGUGGAAGAAUUCAAAUCCUGGUGUUGAAGGUGACAAGGAUUGGGUAUUUCAGGAAAAUUCUGGGUCUGAGAAGAAAGUGAUUGUAGCUGUCAGACAAGGGAAUUUGCUAGCGACUGCCUUCCACCCUGAACUGACAGCAGAUACUCGAUGGCAUAGUUACUUCCUGAAGAUGGCCACUGAAACCGAAGGGGCCUCAAGUAGCAUUGUUUCUGUUGGUGCAGAUCUUGAUUUUAACAAACAGACAAAGAUUGACCUCCCUGUAUUUCUAUAGUGGCGAUGAGAUUUAUGAUCAAGGUUAUUUCCUGAUUUAUGAAGUUAUACAAUAGUUUUUGUCUGUUUCCCUGGUUAUGUUUUAUGACAAAAAAAUGAUGAUAUCCGUAAAAGCUUAAAAGGUCUUUGAUUGUGACCAGGUACUUUUUCAGGUGGUUUCUGCUACUGUUUAGUUUUAGGACAAGAAACCAGUUUUGCAUUUCAAUUUACUGAUGGUGUAUAUAAAAUUAUAAAGCUGAAAUGAACCUUAGGACCUUUUCUAUUCCUAAUAAUAAAUCUUGAUGGCUAAUCUUGGGCCCUAAAUGUCAAGUUUUACUGUAUUGCGUUUACCUUCCUGUGUUUGUUAUGAUUCCAACUUCCCAAGUUUAUCAUUUCGGCCAUGAAUUUGCACCGCAUCCACCCUAUGCCAUGUAAGUCUGCGACUCUGCUCGACCUUGAAUUUUAAAUUUUCA